AUGUCCUCGCCUCCAUCCCAUUCGGAAACACCAGCUGCAGGGCCAGAACGCAAUCCAGGACAGAGUAAUCGCACCCGCAGUGCACCAGGACGACAUACUCGACAACUCCCGCCGCUGCCGCAAGAAUAUUCUCAUCCGGCACGCUCCUCCUCCCCUCGCCACCACACUUCCGCAUCCGCAUCCGCUUCUGCUUCUGCUUCCACCCCGUCAUCUACGUCUGCCAGAAGAUCCUUGCGAGGGUUGAAUCCACCGACACUUUCGAACUCCCCGUCAACACCUGUUAGACAAAGACAACAAUCACCCUCAUACUGGCCCGCUCUGCGUCGUGCCAGCACCAACAUUACCCUUCCUGCUCAGUGGGGCGACGACACCUUCGCGAACAACCUUUCUCUUGUCGAUAGCACAGCGACUUCGGGCCGUUUGGGCGACGACGAUAAUCUAUUUCUGAGUUCAUUCGUCGACAACGACUUCUCCUCACCGUCGAGCUAUCCUCUGUUCACGACAAAUCUGCCCGCUGGCGAGUCAUCACAGGCAGACCAGGCCACAUUUCAGCCUCACCAGGCGCCUCCCAACAACCCUGGAUCAGCGGCCCCUCCACGCCGGACGUCAGCCUGCGGUCGAACAUUCGGUGCACCUUCACGGUCUACCACGCAAAUUAGUUCUUCGAGCGUGGGAGAUUCACAAAAUACAUCCUUUACAACAGACAGCGGAGAGGACCCGCCAUCGCAGAGUUCACAACAAUCGUUUUCUGCCAAGAUGCCGCCACCGCCUCGUCUACGGAGCUUGCUUAACGAUGUUGAUCCGUCGUCGAAUAGUAAACGGAGCAGAACAUCGCAAUCAAAUACCAUUGCGGUAAACACAGCUGCCCCAGAGCCAUUAGCGAUGCCAUCGCUUUCUGACGACGACUUAUUCGGCGAGGGUCUUUCACAAGGGCUAGAAGGCGAAGACCUCACAAGGAUAGACUUGACAAACGCCAAUGCAGUCCCAGACGAGUUAAAGCAGCCCGCAGUAGAUAACCGCACCAAGAUUUCCAAAUUCCAAUGUGCCAUCUGCAUGGACGACGCCACAACAGUGACCGUCACACAUUGCGGCCAUCUCUACUGUGCGCAGUGUCUGCACUCGUCACUCACAGUCGAGUCCACCAAAGGCAAAUGCCCCAUGUGCAGAGCCAAGAUAGACAUGAAGCCCCGGAACUCAUAUACCCUGAAGACAAAAGGGUACUGGCAUCUUGAGCUCAAGCUCAUGACGGCGUCGAAGGGGAAACGAAAGGCAGAUGACAUAUCAUGA